UUUGAAUAAAGAUAAUGAAAAAGAGAAGACAGCUCACGAACAACUGAAGAUGAAGCAUUUGGAGAUAGAAGCUGGUAAAUAAAUUGUAAUGAUUCAAUGUAUUAAAUUUUAAAUAUAAAGAAAAGAAUAGAGCCAUAAUGAUAGGCCUAUAUUCUAUCUAUUAAGUUUUUGUGAACUGAAAGGAGAUAUAAACACUGAUUAACAAAAUUUUUACUGAUUUUCAUUGCUGCACUACAUCUACUAUAGUUUAAAUUAUAUUUUAACUUUUAAGUCUCUAAAUAAAAUAAAAAAAUGAGUCAUUGAGUAACAAUAUUAAAUUAUAUAAUACAGUUAUUGAUAAAUUACAGACAAAUAUAAAAUAAAUAAUUUCUUUUGAUAUUUUUUUUAGUAUAUUGUUUUAAAGAAUUACUUAAUAAACAUUUUAUAAAACUGUUUUUCUAAGUAAGAUAAGACAAGACCUGUUUUCCUUCUUUUCCCAAGUUAUUUUAGUGAUAUGAUUAAAUGUCGAGGCCUUAGAGUUGUAAUGAGAAACAAUUUCUGUUUUGAAAUUUUCCACAGAGCAAUUAGAGAUGAGACAAUCUUUGGAAAAGAAACAUCAAGUAAUAUUAGAGGCAUUACAAAAUGGUAUAAGUAAUAAUUAUUAUCGAUAUUAUUAAACGAACAUAUGAAAAUAUACUAAAAAUAACCCACCAAACAAUGGUGGCAAUAUAUGAACUUCCCAUCUAACAAAGUUACUUCACAAAUUAGACACUUUAUUUCAAUCCCAAUGAGUGGUAACUUCUUGAAAUUUUAUUUUGUGCCCCUAUUUUAUACACAGCAAUGCAUACUUAGUGAAUUAUUAUUAGUGAUUUUAGUAUAUAUAAUAUAUAUAUUUAUACAUGUGCCAAAGAACAGCACUGAAACUUUUGUAUCUGCAUGUAAAUGCAUUUUCAAUGAAACACCGCUUCAGCGACCAUGUAUUCCUAGUUUUGAAAAAGAAGAUAUGCAAGCCAGUUGUUUUUGGAAAUGGGUCUCUUGAUGUAGGAUAAGUCUCCAUAGAUGACCAUUAAUUUUACUCAUUCUUAAUUAGUCGUGAAUGGUGAUCAAGUUUGAAAAAAGUGGCAGAACAAUUCCGAGAGAGGUUUAAUAAGAUGCUCCAUGUAUCAUGGCUAGGCUGUCCACUUUAAUGAAAUACACUGUUAAAUGAAUCAUUGACAAACACAUAAUGUCAAGAUGUGGGAGUUUCAGGAAUGUUACUUUUGUUGCAUGUUGAAUAAUCUGAAAACAUAUAUUAAGUCAAAAUCAAAAAUACUCAUGUGCACCUACAUUUUUUAAUUCCAUUUAAGUAAAAUAAAUCUUGAAGAAACUUUUCAAUUUGCACAAAUAUUUCCCCAAAAAUUGCAUCAACAACUAGAAAACACUUCUAAAACUUAGAAUUUCUACAUGUAACAUAUGCAUCAUCUUUUUAAAAUAUUGUUUUUAAUGAUAAAAUAUACAAAUUUAAUUAUUUUGUAAUUUUAAAAAAUGGAUUUUACAGAACUUUACUCAGUUAGAUUAGUCUAAAACAGUAGUCUCUAUUAUUAUUUUUCUUAUAAUUGUUUUCGUUUUAACUAAUCCCAUUCAUUUUAAAACAGAUUAUAUAAUUGCCAUGGAAGAUCAAAAGACUGAAAUAAAAGUACUAAGAUCACAAUUAAGUAAUAAAAAAAUAAUAAUAAGGAAAGUUUUCCUUUCGCUGUCUUAGCAAUUUUUAGAAUAUAUUUUAAUUUGGCAUUUUUUUAAACUGUACAGUUCUUUAUCUAUUACAAGCUAUAACAUAAAAAAUAAAAGCUUUGUAUAUUUGUAAGUCAUGUAUUUGGUUAUAAGAUACAGAUUGCUAUUUACCAAUAUCUAAGAUUAACAUUUUGCAAAUGUAUUAUUCUCAAGAUGCUAUUAACAAAGAACAUGAGGAAGACAAGAAAGCCCAUGAGAAACUUGAGGAGCUAGAACGUGGUAAAUAUCUAUACUUGUUUAAAUUUUAAAAUUCGUUUGUAAGUAUUUUUUAAUUGAAGUAAAAAGGUAUUUAAAGAAUGAAGAAUCAUAAUUCAUUAGUAACUUCAUUUCUCUUUGUAUUCAAUUUAAAGCUACUGUUUAAAAAAAAAGAAAUAAAAUUAUUUACUAUCACCAAAGUGUUAUUGUUAUAACAUGAUUGCAUAUAGAUUAAAUACAAAUUAAGUCAAAUCAAAACUAGUGGCUAACAGAUUGCUAAUUAAUUUGUGGUUUUGCAAAUAUUCAAAAAUGGUUUAACUUGUAAAGAAGUUAGAGUGAAAUUAAUGUGAAUGUCCUUUGUAUUUAAAUUUUGUCCUAACAGCUGUUACAAAAAAUUAAUAUAUUUUUAUAUGCUUCAAUAUGUGUUAUAUUUAAAGUGAUAUCCGCAGAAUUUUUCCAGAAAACCUUUGGUAGGAAUUUAUUUUUACUUAAAUGCUUUGCAGCUUUUACAUUAGUCUGCACCAUUUUUAUCACCAAGUUUAAAUUCCUCAUCUGUAGUAACUUACCAGUGUAAGGAAUAAUCAAGAAUUUUAAAAAAAAAAGCAUUGAAUAGAUUUUUUAAGUCUUAAUAUUGCUGAAGUGAUUCUCAGAUUUUUUUUAAUACUUUCACAAUUUCAAAACAGAGUGGAGGAAAGAGUUAAAUGAUAAUAUGAGACACUUAAAUUUGUUAAGCUCUCAUCAAUAAAUUAAUUUUUGUCCCCAGAACAUGGUAAGCGGGGAAAAACACAGGGAUUAGAGUCUUUCAAGUCCAACGAUGUCUCAGGUAGUAAAUUGGGACAUCAUUUUUUCCAGCCCUUAAUAACCUUAAUGAAUACUUAUAAGUUUAAGUGUAUCUCAAGUUACAUUUAAUUAACAUAGUGAAAAAAAAAAAAAAAAAUUUCUGGUUUACCAUUUCUUAAAUAAACAUUUUAACGCCAACGAAGAGCUUUCGUAUGGGUACUUUCUUUUAAAUUCUCAAGACCCAAUUUAUUGGCAGACAUGAAAUUUUUGUUAGAUGUUAGAUGUCUGUGUUGAAAGGUAUUGGAAAAUUUAGAAUAUAUGAAACACUGGCCAAUACACACGCAAUACUUUGCUAUAUCACGCAGACAGUAGUAAAAAUAAGGUUUCCAUUUAUACCUGGGUGAUAACCAAGGGUUAUUUCUUCUAGAAUAAUUAUAUAAAUGUUGUUUGGGUGUGUAUGGGGGCACUCGUUUCUGGUGUUGGCCUAGCACCAUUUAGUUUGCUUACAAUUUAUAGUUCAGUUUUAUGAAAAGAGCAUUUAGUCUGUAUACAAUUUAUAGUUCAGUUUUAUGAAAAGAGCAUCUAUUUUGUGUACAAUUUAUAGUUCAGUUUAGUGAAAAGAGCAUUUAGUCUGCAUAAAAUUUAUAGUUCAGUUUUAUGAAAAGAAUAUUUAGUUUUUGUACAAUUUAUAGUUAAGUUUGAUGAAAAUGGCAUUUAGUCUGUAUACAAUUUUAUAAAGUUCAGUUUUAAAAGAGCAUUUGGUCUGUAGCAUACACAAUUUAUAGUUUAGUUUCAUGAAAAGAGCAUUUAGUCUGUAUACAAUUUAUAGUUUACUUUAUGAAAAGAGCAUUUAGUCUGUAUACAAUUUGUAGCUUCUAUAACUGACAACAGCCCAAAUGGACAUUAAAAUAAAAACAUAAAAUGAAAAAAAAAAUCAUAUUUUAGUCAGAUCAUUUCAAAAAGUAUAAAGAUUUUCAAAUGCAAAUAAUACUAAUAACAGCAGUGUAAACUGAUAGUUUAUAAACAAUGAUUAUCAUGCUGUUUAAUCAUUUCUUUUUUGUUUGCAGAAUUCUCUAACAAAUUCCAAAAAAUUAGUUUUCUCACAGUAAGUACCAUUUUUCAUAAUAUUAUAUUAAUUAAAAGUGAAGUUAUUUUUACAUGAGUAAUAAAAUCAAUUCUAAUACAAUGUGUAUGUAGCUAAAAUUAUUUUUUCGUAGUUAAUGUUAAGAAUAUAAUGAUAAAAUAUUUAUUAUUAAAGUAUUUAAUUAUUUUGAUACAAAAAUAAAGGGAUUUUAAAAUCCUUUACAUUAACUUCGCUUUGCUCGUGGGUAGCUGGCUGGCAGGAAAAAAUCUACAGAUGGCUAAUUGAUUCACUUCGCAUCAACCUAUUGAGCAGAACUUGGUACAUAGACUCAUUACACAUGCUUUCAAAUUUUCAGCCCCAAUCCCUAAAAAAAUAUGCGGUUGUGAGCCUGUGUGGGGGGGAGGGGGGAAUAAAUUAAGAUUCUAAUAAAUUGCCUUUCUUGUAUGCAUGUUUUGUCAAAAUUUCAGCCCAUUACAUUUUAUAAAGGAUUGAUACGAAAAACUUAGUUUUCAGGGAUUGUUUAUUUUCAUUCCUAUAUGUGCGUUCUUCGUUUCAAGUGUCCCAUUUAAAUUUCAGAUCCCCAUGCAUGAAGUCAUUAAAAUUAAAGAGAACAUAAAUGUGCUAUUGAUUGGCAAUACAGGAAGUGGCAAAAGUGCAACAGGGAAUUCUGUCUUGAGACGACAGGUCUUCAAAAGUGUUUUAAGCUCAAUGCCAGUCACGACCAACAUCUCCAGUGAAACUUACACGUUCGACGACCGUGUCAUAACUGUCUUUGAUGGACCUGGUUUUGAAGACCCAUCGGAGGAGGCUCCAGUCAGUGAGGAGUAUUUCAUUAAAGCUAUGAAACAGGCAAAUGCUGUAAAUGCUUCUGGGUAUCACGCAUUCAUUAUUGUGUUUAGCGCUAUGAGAAAGGCUGACGCCAGCGACAUGAAUUUGAUAAGGCUAGUGAAGAAAUAUUUUGGGGAAGACUUUCUCCGCAAGUUUUGUGUCAUAGUGAUGACAGGUGGUGACCUUUUGAAUGACACUCUAUUUUCACACUGGUGUUCAGAAAAUACGGGGUCUAAUGAAAUUAUAUUAGAGUGUGGGAAGGCUGUGCUCUUUGAUAACAAAACCAAAGACCAAAGUAGAUUAGAGCUACAAUUUAAAUGUCUUAUUAGUUUGAUUGACAAUCUGAAUCAGUCAGAUGAAGAGCUCAUCACAUUUCCUGAUAGUAUCACACAAGCAUUGUAAAGCUACAAACAUUUAUCAAUCUAUGACUCUAAAUUUGAUAACAACAAGAAGCAUCAAUAAACAAUAAUGAAUAUUUUUGCUUCGAUUAAAGGAAGUCAAAUGAAAUCCUAAAAUAGGAAAUAAUUUUAAAGGAUAUUUGAGUAGCUAAUAUUCUUUAUUUCUAUUUCUUUUUUGUCUUUGAUGCUUUUAAUAAAAACUAUUAGUUUAAAUCCUAAAUGUGGCUAAAAGUAAAAGUGAGAAAAAAAAUGUGAGAAUAUUACCAUUGAUGAAGUGGUGAAGGAAUAAAUGAGUGCUAGGAUGGAAUUGAUAAUGUCUUUAGUCUUUAGAGAACAUGAUGGUUGCUAGGAUGGGAUUGAGGAAAGCUACAGGGGAAUGUAUGUUUGGAUGCUCACAAUCCGGUCAUCCAUUAAGUAUACUGUUGAAGUAUGAAGUUACAAUAAUGGGAGAUAAAAUAUGUUAUUUUGUUAUCAAUAAAGAAUUAAAUAAUUAGCUCACCC